AUGGCAGACCCAACACCAUCAACAGAGGCCCCCGCUUCCGGCCCUGCCGCGCCCGUAGCCAUCUUCAAAAAGCGCGGCGCAAAAGCCAAAGCCAACCUCCGCAAAAGACCAGCAACCCCCCCUCCCGCCGCCUCCGACUCGGACUCGGACUCAGAUUACUUCUCCUCCGAGGACGAAUCCGGCCGGCGCAUCAAGCGCCGCAAGCGCAACGCCGCCGUCGUGGUCACGGCCUCCUCCAGAGACAGAGCAAACCCCCAGUCUGAGCAAGAUCUUAAAGCCACCAUCUUCACCACCGACCGCGCCUCCGCCCUCGCCCUCGACUCCUCCAGGCGCGACGCCACAAAACAAACAAACUGGUUCGACGAAGAAAAAGGUCUCUCCGCCAAAUCCCUCCUCGGCUCCACCCGCUCCAUGCCACCCCCCUCCUCCUCCUCCACCACCUCGGGGCCAGAUGGAACCUACAAAGGCCUGGCCAACGCAACCUCGUACAUCCAAAAGAAUCCCGACGCCCCCUCCCGAAAAGUAGGCCCCGUCAAAGCCCCCACCAACAUCCGCACCAUCACCAUCACAGACAUGGCGCCCGACGUGUGCAAGGACUACAAAAACACCGGCUUCUGCGGCUUCGGUGACAACUGCAAGUUCCUCCACGCCAGAGAAGACUACGCCCACGGGUGGCAGCUGGACAGGGAGUGGGAGAACGUCACAAGGGGAAAGAAGGUAAUAGGGGGCACGGUGGUUGCCUCUGCCGAACGAAAAGCGAACAAGGAUCCCAACCAGGGUGAGGAUGAAAGAGACGACGACGAGCAGGAGGAGGCGGCGAUGCUGGAGAAGAUCCCGUUUGUGUGUAUCAUCUGCAGGGGGGAUUACAAGAGCCCGGUGGUGACGAGGUGUGGGCAUUAUUUCUGUGAGGGGUGCGCGUUGAAACGGUAUAGAAAGGACCCGAGCUGUGCGGCCUGUGGGAGCGGGACGAACGGGGUAUUCAACGCGGCCAAGAAACUGCAGAAGCUGUUGGAGAAGAAGAAGGAGAGGGCGGCGAGGAGGAGGCGGGAGGCGAUUGAGAAUGGGGAGGAUGUUAGCAGUGAGGAGGAGGAGGAGGAGGAGGACGAGGAGUAG